AUGGAUGCGAAAAGCAUAGUGAAGAUAUGGUUUGAAUAUAAAAACGAACGUGAAAAUUCUUCCACAAGUGAAGAUAGUGACGAUGAUGCGCCACAAAAUGAUGUUCAAGAGUCCAACGCAUUUGCGAACCAAUAUGCGACCGGUAUUGGUAGUGCUAAAGAAAGAAAUAGAUCCAAAAAGGACAAGAAGAAAUCAUCAGUAAAUCCAUCGAUCGAGCAAUUCUUAGUUAAAAGUCUGGCAAUUAACGAAGAAGCAACAGUUCCUACCAAGAAACCAUCGAAAAACCAAGAAGUACCUGAUGUCCAAAAGGUCAACGAUGAGCCGAAGACUGAAGAAAUCAAUGAUGAUUUUGUUCUGAAGAAAUUGAAUGAAAUUCGUUUCAAACGUGGCAAGGGUACCAUGAAUUAUCAAGAUGAAUUUGAAAACUUAGAGCAACUUCGAGAGCUUGUUAUCAAACAAAAUCUAGAUUCUGAUAUUCUUAUCGAAAUUUCAAUGGCAGAAAUUACAUUCGAGUUAGAUUCUCAGCGUCAACGAAACGAAUCUUCUGGGACUGACGCAUGGAAACGUACAUUGGAUCGAAUCGAUGAACUAUUACACCAUGCAUUUGAAAAUAAUAAAUUAAACACUGACAUUCUUAUGCCAAUCAUGAUUCAAAUGGAUGAUACAUAUACACGAAUUCUACGCGAUGCGAAUGCUGAUACUCAAGAAUAUCUUGAAUGUUUAAUGGACGAACAUCGUAUUAGUUCCAUUCUCGAUCGAUUUCAAACGUAUUUAGAAUUGAAUGAUGAGAACCAGUCGGAAAAUCGCUGUGUCAUUUACUUACGUAUCAUUAAACAUAUUUACUAUAAGUAUAACAAACGCUCCGAACAAUCAACAAUUUUAUCAAUCGAGCAAUCGUGCAAAUUUAUCAAUGCACACGAUGAAGCAAAGUUUUACUCGAAUCAAGCAAUUCUUUGUCAAAUUUAUCAUCUUGCAUUGCAUGAUCACUACCAUCAAGCACGGGAUCUUAUGUUCAUCAGUCAUUUACAAGAUACAAUUGAUUCAUUGGAUAUCUUCAUUCAAAUUUUAUACAAUCGAACGAUGGUUCAACUCGGAUUAGCUGCUUUCCGUCGUGGCCAGAUAUCUGAAGCACAUCAAAUAUUAGUUGAUUUCCAAUGCGGACAUCAUAUACGAGAACUCUUGGGACAAGAUAAUAAUCAUCAAAUAUAUUUGUAUCCGUAUCAUAUGCACAUCAAUUUACAAUUGAUCGAAUGUGUUUAUUGCGUAUCAGCAAUGUUGAUCGAAGCUCUAUCGACGAAAAGACAUCGAGUUAGUAAACAUUUUUAUAAGUUAAUGUCUCAAGCAGAAAAACAAGCUGUGACUGGACCACCGGAAUCGAUGCGUGAACAUAUUGUUGCGGCUUUUCAUGCAUUGAAAGUAGGUGAUUGGAAAUGCUCUAUCGAUUUGAUAGUGAAUGAGAAGAUGAAUCGACAAGUUUGGAAGUUACUACUACAGAAUACAGAUGUGUAUUCGAUGUUGAGAGAUAGAAUCAAAGAAGUUUCGUUGCAAUACUAUUUGAGAACUUGUGCAACGGCUUUUAGUGAUAUUUCGAUGAUAAUAUUAGCCGAUAUGUUUGACAUAUCCGUUACAAAAGUGUCUUGCAUUGUCGGAAAAUUAAUUUUUUGUCGAGAAUUGAUGGGAUCAAUUGAUGAAGGAACAAAGAUGCUUAUAUUAAAUGAAAAGACACAAUCGAAAAUCGAGGAACUAUCGCUUGAAUUGAUGUGGAAAGUUUUGAAAUUACACGACCAACAUGAAAAAUUGAUUCGCAUUUAA